CUCUCCCAGUCCCUUUCUACUAGCAGCCUCCCUGGCUCGCUCCUCCCCGCCUCUACCUUGGCUCCUGCCUCGCCAUCUCUCUCACUCCCUGUGGGCUGGCCAGGAUGACCCUGUGGCCUGCGGAGCUGAGCAGCCCGGAGGCUGCCGGCUCACUGCUCCUGUGCGCCGCGCAGCUGGCGGCGGGCUUCGCACUGGGCAGCCGUCUGGGCCGCGGGGCGAGUUCUGCUGACCGCUGGGUGCUAGUCUGGCUCUGCUAUGACGCCCUGGUGCAUUUCACGCUGGAGGGUCCUUUUGUCUACUUCUCUUUAGUAGGAAAUGUGGCAGACUCGGAUGGCAUAAUUGCUUCAUUAUGGAAAGAGUAUGGCAAAGCAGAUGCAAGAUGGCUUCAUUCUGAUCCCACCAUUGUAUCCCUGGAGAUGCUGACUGUUGUUCUGGAUGGAUUGCUAGCCUUGCUCCUCAUUUACGCCAUAUUAAAAGAGAAGUACUAUCGGCAUUUCAUUCAGAUUACCCUGUGUGUGUGUGAACUGUAUGGCGGGUGGAUGACCUUCUGUCCAGACUGGCUUAUUGGAAGCCCCAACCUUAACACCAGCAAUUGGCUUUAUCUUUGGGUCUACCUGGUGUUUUUUAAUGGUGUGUGGGUACUGAUCCCAGGACUAUUACUGUGGCAGUCAUGGAUAGGACUCAAGAAAAUGCACCAGAAAGAAAUGAAGCCAGGAAAAAAGUUCAGAUGAAUUUUUAGAAUUACAAUUACAUUUUCAUUUCUAAGUUAUUGUGGUUUUAGCCUAUUGUUAUAUGGCAAAAAUGUAAUAGUCAAUCCUUUCAAGUUAUUUUUCUUCCAGUUGUAUUUUCUAAACUGAUUUGUUUUCUUAACAGUAAAAUGGAGAGGAUUCAGGAUUUUUAAAAAAUUAAAUACAGGAUAAAUAAAUGCAAUUUAUGUAUGCCAAUAGUGAAUUUCAUAAAAAUAAUUGUUCAUUUGUACCACAUUAAUAAACAUUUUAAUUUGUUAUA